ACAACUCAGCAGUGUGCAGACAGAGGUUUGGGGAUGGGGCUGCUGCUCACUGAGGCCAUGGGACGUGAAGUUCCUGUGGGAAUGCUGGCCCUGCAGAGGGGAUGAAGCCCUGUCAUGAGGCUGUGUGUGCUGCUGAGGGACACUCCACAUCACCAUGAAGGUGCUGCUGAGCAUAGGGCUGUUCCUGAGGGCUCUUCCCAAGCCCACACGCCAACACCACAGGCUGUGUGGCUUUAUCUGCCCAGGAUGCUCUCUAUGCACUUUCCAGGUCUGGGUCUGUCCCAGUUGGGAGCCCACCAGCGCUGCCCUGGGGGCACUGGGGCCAGCCCGACUGUUCCCUCUCUCCCUGCAGUGAGGAGCUCUGUGCUGUGUGCUCCAGGCCCUGCAGCUGGAACGCUGCCUUGUCCCGGGAAAGCUGGGCUCAGCAGGUUGGUGAGUGGCCCCGCUCACAGCAGAGCUGCUGAAGCUUCGCGAACAGGCUCGCACUUCCCUGCAUCCUGCCCUAGGGAGCCUCUGGGCUUUGGGCUGUUCCUGGCUGUCAGGGAGAGGUGUGGGGGGGCAGAGCGUGGGGCAGGGACAUGCAGACCACGUUCCAGGAGGGAUGGCUGGGAACAGGACGAGGCUGAGCUUGUGCAAAACGGGCCAGAGAAGCCGGGUGCCUGCACAGGGGUUGUCCUCAUCCCCCUGGGUAAGGAACCAGCUCUCACCAGCCACCCCUUGGGUUGGGUGUGCACCAGGGGCUGUGCUGAGAGCCCCCGGGACACUGCCGUCGGCUGACCGUGCUGCUGGCACAAGAGGCUUCCUUUGGCUCACCCAUGGUCUUUCUGAAGUGCUCAUCCUGUGUCCUCAUCCCCUCCUUGAGGCAAGGUGGGCUGCGGAGCUCGGGAAGCUGCGUGGUUCCCAGCCCCUGGUGUGAUGUGCUGACACCAAGACUGUUGUCCUGCUGAUCCCAAGUGCUGAGCUAAUGGCAUCUCUCGUCCAAGCUGGAGGCAAUAACUUGUGCUCUGGCUUCUCCCCCGUUUCCUGUGCUCACAGCCUUUGGCUGAUCUUCUGCAAGGCCCUUUAUGUGUGUGCCUCAGUUUCCCUAGGGAAACUUGCCUGCCCCCAUGGUGGGGCUGUGUCUGCAGCUAUGAGAUGACUUCUCCUCAUGUCCUCACCUUGCAUUUAGCUGCUGGAGCCCUCUUCCCCACCCGAGUCUGUCCCUGUCUCUCGUUGCAGUCUCAAACCAUGAACUACGUGGGGCAGCUUGCUGAGACCGUCUUUGUCACGGUGAAGGAGCUGUACCGGGGCCUGAACCCCACCACGCUGACGGGCUGCAUCGACGUGGUGGUGGUGAGGCAGCCCGAUAACUCCUUCCAGUGCUCCCCAUUCCACGUGCGCUUCGGGAAGCUGGGCGUGCUGCGCUCCAGGGAGAAGGUGGUCGACAUUGAAAUCAAUGGGGAGCCUGUAGACCUGCACAUGAAGCUGGGUGACAAUGGAGAGGCUUUCUUUGUCCAGGAGUCAGAGGAGAGUGAGGUUGGUGAUGAAGAGCUGCUGCUGGGCAGCAUCCCUUCCCACCUCUGCACGUCACCCAUCCCCAUGGAGCAGAGCCUGGAGGAGGAUGCUCGUGGACAGGAGGACACCAGCACUGAAGUGACCUUGCACAAGAGGAGGUGACGCAGGAGAAAGCCCAGGAGGAAGGAAGGGUCAGACUCACUGUUAGAAGGCUGCGAGGAGACCAGAAGUGGGAUGUCCAUGGAGGAGCCAUGUGAGCUGCCAGCCCCAAGUGAUUCAGUGUAUUUCUCCUUUGCUGAUCUCCCUGAAGAAAGAACCAUGUCACUGCAGUCCCUGGAGAUGCACCCUUACUCUGAUGGGGAGCUGGCCUCUGUGGACAGCCCCUCCAUGAGCCAUCCGUCCUCUCCUAGAAGUGAUUCUGAGCUGGAGAUCAGACCCCAGGAGAGCUUCCCUCUGGGGACUGAGUCCCACAUGCAGUGGACCUGGGGAAGGCUCCCUCAGGUGAAUAGAUCCGAAUGGGUUGAACCAGCCAAGUCCACCAAGAGCAUUGCUACUGCAGAAACCACAAUCUCUGUGGCACUGGCCCCAGAGGAUGAGGUAACCCAUCUUGUUGCCACCUCUGAAGGUCUGGGAGCAGAUCUGUGCCCAGCAGGACCUCAGGCCAUACCGUGUUCCGCUGCUGUGUCUGUUAUGGAGCCAACACCUGCACCACGGCAUGGGAACAGCUUCCCCAAGGAGCAGGAUGUCCCCAGGGCUGUGAGGGCAGAGACCUUGUUGGACAUCCCCUUGCCCCCACAGGCGGGAGGCAGGAGCGUGGUGCCUGAGGUUCAGCCAGAUGCUGCUGUGGGGCAGGUGAACUUGGAGCGCCCUGAGCCCCAUCUGGGAAGCCAGAGGAGACAAGGUGGGUGCUCCUAUGUUUUGAAGAGACAUUCGUCAGCUCCCCUCCUUUCAGUGGAUCCCCAGGAAGGAGCCAUCAGCAUUCCCCCCGUGGCUCCCAGUGAGUUUUACCCGGCUGAGGAGCAGGCAGCUCGCUGUCUCCCCAGGAGUGACCCGGAGCUCAGUUCAAAGCCCGUGGCAGCCCCCAGCAGCGCUGUUUGUGCCCAGCUGCCCCUCCAUGUGCCUGCUGAGAGCCCCGCGGCCGCCCUGUCCCGGUGCGGAGGGCUGGGGGGCAGCAGGCAGCUCUCUCACGGGAAGUUCAUGGAGCGUGUGGUCUCCUACCAGCAGUUUGCUGAGAACCCGGGGCUCAUCAAUGACCCGAACCUGGUGAUACUGGUCCACAAGGAGUAUUACAACUGGGCAGUGGCUGCUCCCAUGGUCCUGUCCCUGCAGGCUUUCCAGAGGAACAUUCCUGAGAGCACCGUUGACCAGCUGGUGAAGGAAAAGAUGCCCAGGAAAGGCAGCAGGUGGUGGCUCUCCUGGAGGAGGAGAGAAUCCUCAUUGGAGGAGGAGCAGCUGAGGCCAGGGAAAGCCAAUGUGGGGAUGCUGCAGCCUGUCUCUGCUCAGCAGAGGCAGGAAGAGGGGUCAUCCUGUGAUGAAGAGCCCCUGUGCCCCGGGGACAUAUUAGCAAUGGAUGCUCCUGAACAGAAAUCUCUGCCAACCUACAAGAAAUCCCUGCGGCUGUCCUCUGAGCAAAUAGGAAGGCUGAACCUGCAGGAUGGCCCUAACGAGGUGGCGUUCAGCGUGACAACCCAGUACCAGGGCACGUGCCGCUGUGAGGCCACCAUCUACCUGUGGAACUGGGACGACAAGGUGGUGAUCUCUGACAUCGAUGGCACCAUCACCAAGUAAAGGGCUCUUCUCUCCCCACACAUCCCUGCACCUGGAUCAGGUGAAGCCAGGGAGAAGCAGGAGGAUGGUUGGACCUCCUCGUGUUCGGAGGCGCAGGAGGCUGCCCUGCCCGAGGGCACGGCUCCGAGGGCUCCCUGCUCUCCCGCUAGGAAUGGCUACAAGUUCCUGUACUGCUCAGCCCGAGCCAUCGGCAUGGCGCACAUCACCAAAGGCUACCUCAAAUGGGUCAACGAGCAGGGCUGUGCGCUCCCCAAGGGCCCCAUCCUGCUCGCCCCCAGCAGCCUCUUCUCUGCCUUCCGCAGGGAGGUGAUUAAGAAGAAGCCGGAGGCGUUCAAGAUCGCCUGCUUGAAGGACAUCCAGAACCUGUUUGCCACCCAGCUGCCCUUCCAUGCGGCUUUUGGGAACAGAGCCAACGAUGUCUAUGCUUACAAGCAGGUUGGCCUGCCAGGGAGCCGCAUAUUCACAGUCAACCCCAAGGGAGAGCUGAUCCAGGAGCUCGCAAAGAACCACAAGUCAACGUACGAGCGGCUGUCGGAGCUGGUGGAGCUCAUCUUCCCUCCUCUGGGCCAGAGCGGGAGCAUGGCUCUGGUGUGCCCAGAGUACAGCCACUUUGCCUACUGGAGACCCCCACUGCCUGCUGUUGACUUGGGUGCCUUCUCCUGACCUUGUUGCCUGUGGAGACCUGACCCAGGGCUCUCCUGUGCAUCCUCUGCCAGGAUGGGAUGCUCCAGAUGCCUCUGCUCAUCCCUGCUUGCUGCUCAGGCACUUUGCACUUCUCGCAGGGGUCAUGUUCUGCACUAGAAACACCCAAUGGGGCCCAGAGAGCUCUGACUCUACACAACCUGCAUUUACUAAAAUUAAACUCCUGUAAGCUGGGUCCCUGCUUAAUGUUCUUAACACCUUUAAAGCCUGGCUGUUCAUUAAAAGUGGUGGUGGGUCA